AUGAUGAAUGGUAAUAAUGGGUACGGUUAUCGCCACGGCACCAAUGCGCAGUUACUGCAUCAGAUGCAGUCGAAUGCUUUACAUCAGCAGGCUCGGGUACUACGAAAUUUUGUACCAAUUCCGCUUCCGUUUUACGAUUGGCACAAAACUGUACUAGAACCUAUGGAACUGCCGCCUAUCAUGUCGGGGGUAAAAACUCCUUGCAAGCAAACCUUCACAUUCCUGUUGCCAAGAGAGUACUUCUUAAAUUGGUCGUCUAACAAUACGCUGUUACCCCGAUAUGAAAUGCAGCUUAGAUUUUUCCAAGUGCCUGAAAAUUACGCCUCCCAAGAGCUACCGGAUGAUUUUCCCCUAAAUUGCGUAGCCCGAGUAGAGGAACAGCAUGUCAAUCUACCGGCUCUUAUCCCUACCAACAAGCCAAAUGUGGAACCGAAACGACCGUCACGUCCUGUGGACAUAACGCAGUACUGUUUGAAUGUACGAGAUUACAGUCGACCGAUGCGCUUGAUGGUAGAAUGGACCGGUGACAAGCGAACAUGGGCAGUCGCAAUCUAUUUGGUUUAUCGAGUGACUUCGGAAAUUCUGCGGGAUCGUGCUACCGGUGCGGCAAAGUCUAGUGAUGGCAAUAACGAACGGCCAAAUCAUCGCCAAGAAGAAAGCGUCACAAGAAAUUUGAUCCGAGCACGGUUAGGCGGUGGAAAUGAUGAUGAAAUAGCAAUGGACCAACUCAAAAUUAGUCUUUUAUGCCCGGUGAGUUUUCAGUGA